AUGGACAAGAUUCCGUUCAGGGGCAUCACAACCGGCACUUAUAAAAAGCCCAUCAAUCCCGCCAAGAGUCAAGCGCUAUCCAUGACUAUUACCAAAGGCUGGAGUAUUGGUGUAAAGAUUGCCGUUGACUCGUCUGUUAGCCUGGGCGACAGCAUCUCCUAUGAAUGGUCCAAGUCACUGAGCACUACCAACACCCUCGCCAUGGAUGUCUCUACUCAAGACAAGUGGCCCCCUUUCCACGAGUGCUAUCUGGAGGUCCGGAUCUGGCAUGCCAAGUUCAAGGGAGAAUGCGACAACUUCCCCAGGGCAGACUGCGGCGGUGAUCUACAAGUGGUAUUUAAAAAAAGUUAA